UUGCUGAUGUUGCUGUAGAGUCGUCAGUCUUCUCUGACUGACUGACCCCAACCAGACACACAGACAGGUAGAUAUGGAGAGUGGAGCUAUGGAAAUAGACACGAGUGCUGCUUCAGACACCAGAGAGGAGUCAGAGUGCAGCAUAGCCUGUCUGCGGCGCCGGGCCUGGGCCCAGAGCAAAGACUCCAUCUGGCAAAAAUCAGAACAAGAGCGCCGUGGCUCUCAGGGGCCCCAACAGAGCCAGAGAGACGGGGAUGCACAGGGACCCUCUGAGGAACCAGGGCAAGUUUCUAACAACAUCACCAGCUGGUUGAUUGAAUGCAGGACUCCCCUCGGAGCUUCCCUAGAUGAUCAGAGUGCUUCUCCCAGCAGAGGACCGCUGAGGAACGGCUGCAGCUUUGAAGAUGACCUUUCACUGGGAGCUGAAGCCAACCAUCUUCUGUCCAGUAACAAUAAAACUGAAUCUUGUUUUGGUCUUGCGGCGGAUCAGAAGAGGUGUCAGUAUAAAGAGAGAGGAAGAAGUAUGAACUCCACAGGAUCUGGGAAGAGCAGCACAGUGUCCAGUGUUUCAGAGGUGAUGGAGCAGUCAGAGGAGCACCCAGAGGAGAUCCUCCUUACCCUGUGUGUGUCAGAGCUGCUGGACCUGUACGAGGAGGACCCCGAGGAAAUCCUCUUAAAUCUUGGUUUUGGUCGAGAAGAACCCGACCUAGCCUCGAAGGUUCCUUCCAGGUUCUUCAACAACUCCUCCACAGCGCGAGGCAUUGACAUCAAGGUCUAUCUGGGAGCCCAGCUGCAGCGCAUGGAACUGGAGAACCCCAACUACGCUCUGACAAGUCGUUUCCGUCAGAUCGAGGUCCUGACCACAGUAGCUAAUGAGUUCUUCCAGCUCUACAGUCAGGUCUCUGGUCAGCCUGUCCAACGCAUCAGCUCCAGGGACCAAGGAGGAGAAGUAGGAGAAGGGGGAGGUGAUGAAUCGAUUCCUCCUCUGAAGAGAACCAACUCUGCUCUGAACGUCGCCAAACUCCUCAAGAAAACCAUCAGCAAACACAACCUGCUCGCAGCCGCCCCCGAGUCACCUGAAACACACACACCUAACCAGCACACACAGGUGAACGGACACACAUCCUCUGAUCACACGCACACCAACGGUCACGCACACGCCAGCUCAGAGCAGGACGGCUGCAGCACUGACCCAACCCACCAGGGGGAGACAGUCAGCCAGAAACAUGUCCGCAAAAAAGACAGCUGUUCCCUGGCGACGGUUACCGAGGAAACCAACGGGGAUGGAGAGACAGAUCGGCUUACAGACAACAGUCCUGAACAGAGCGGCACUGCACCAGCAGCCAAUGGAGAGCAUCAAACAGGGUCAGCUGACCUUCAGUCAUCCAAUCAGAGAACAGAGGAGGGAGCUCAGGUGGUCAAAGAGGAGAAGAACCUGACCUCAACCCCAGAGAAAGCUCCGCCCACCCUGGCCCCACCGCAGCUGGCCCAGCUCCGCACCGAAAAUGCCGACUCCUUCGACAUGGAGGAGAUCCAGAGUAACGAUGAUGAGGGUCUGCCAUCCAGAACUUCCAGAGCCACCGAUCUGUUGAGGACAGUCAGUCAGCAGUCAGACAGCAGUGGUUUUGCUGAGGAGCCCUCAGCCGACUCCAACAGCUACCUCAAGGUGCAGGAAAGUAGUGACAGCUGUGACAGUGAGACCACUGUGACAUCACACCCGUCACAAGAUGUGGCCACGCCCCUCGCACUGGACCAACCAGCGUUCAUUUUGCCAGAUGCCAGAGAGGAAGAGGCGGGGCCUGGUGGCGCUGGUGAGGCUGAUGGGAGGAGCAGAUCCAGGGAAGAAGACGAGCAUGAUGGGAGUUCAGAGGAGGUUACACAGUACACAGCUCACCAGCUCCCCAGGAACAGACCAAUGGGAGAGCAGCAGAAUGAGACCCGGGACCAGGAGCCAGCUGAGAAUGGGGGCCAGACUGAUCCUGAACCAGAACCACAACCAGAACCGGAGAUUCUACAUAGUAUGUCUGCUGUAGAACAAGAACCACAAGACACUCAGAACCAGACAGAGACCGCUGCGGACACAAAGCCCCCUACAAUGGGAGUGAAAGAUGGGGACGAGACCCAAGAAGAGCACGCAUCCUUGGACGGUUCUGAUUCAUCCUGUCCUUCUGCUCCAUCCUCUCCGGUCCUCAGUGCUCUGAACCGAGCCAAACAGUACCAGCUGAGCAGGGGUGGGCUGAGGGUCGAGACCCCAGGGAGAGGACGAGGAAGACGUGGCAUCCCCCUACAGAGGUCCUCCUCCCUGCCCUCCUCGCUCCUCUCGCCCUCCAGGGUCGUGUCCUCUGUCAGGAUCCAGUUUGGACGAGGACAGCCGUCGUCCACCCAGCCCAGGUUCUCCUUCAAAUACAACCAGGAGGCCGGAGAGGACAAGGAAGAUGAGGAGGACAGUGAGAAAGCGGAGGAGGAAGGACAAACCAACUGUCUGUCCACUCUGAUCAUAAACCCCUCCUCCUCGUCUCACUCUAACAACCAACCACUAAGGCUUCCCACAGAUUCCCCCAUCCCACCUAAAGCCAUCCCACGCUACCUGAUGAGGUCAUCCUACUCCCUGCAGAGCCCCAGCCCUCCUCCUGAUUUGUCACCAGGAGGCCAUGCCCCCUCCUGGAGCACCCAGAGCGUCCCUGAUCUUUCCUCCAAUCAGCAGCAGCCUGGCCACUUCCAACAAAACCUGAGUGCCAACCAAAACCAGCAAAGUUGGAAUCGAGCACCGAUGUCAUUCUCUUAUGCUAACCCAAAUCCUAAUCCGACAGAUCAGUACUUAAGUCCCAGUCCCAACCUUAGUCCCAGCCUUAACCCCAGCCCAUACCACUUCACUCUGAACCCUCACCCGCAGUACCCCUCCCCUCUCCAUCCGUACGCCAGUCUUCCCAACCUCCACCACAACCACUCCUUGAACCACCAUUCCAGUCUGACUAGUCUCCACCAGCCUACAACUCCCCCAGUCCCCCAGCACGGCAGCCUCUCCAACUUGCAUCAGCCCUCAUCUUCCACAGCUCAUCACCACCUCAGUAUGGGUAACCUGCAUCCCGGAUCUCCCAUAAUGCACCACCAGGGCUACAACCAUUCGUACAGUCAUCAUUCGCCUUACCAUGCCGCUCCUCAUGGCUCACAGUUUGCCUCUCCCUACCUGGGUUACCAUGGCUACAACACGAAUCCAAACCUAGGGUUCCCCCACCCUGUCAACCAGUGUCCGCUGUCGGCCCCAGAGCACGGCCUCCAUCCGGGUCUCGCGCCGACUGUUCCAGGCUUCCUCCCGGGCCUGACGUCAGCCCUCAGCCAAGGUCACAGCCUCCACCCGAGUCUAGGACCCGGCCAGGGCCCGUCCAGCACCGAGAUGCAGCUGAGGAGAGUUCUGCAUGACAUCAGAGGGACGGUUCAGAGUCUGAGCCAGAACCGAGCCGACACUCCGGACAUGUUCAGUGAGCACAGAGCAGCUCAACCCAGCCACCAGUCUCUGGCAGAGUUUCAGCAGAAGAGGCGGAGUCUGAACGUGUUCCGCAGUCAGAUGAUGGAUCUGGAGCUGUCAAUCAUCCGACAGCAAGCUCUGGUCUAUAAACACCUGAGCCCUGCUGACAGGAUGGAGGUGGAGCAGCUUCAGUCUCUGAGAUCAGCAGUCAGAGAGGAACUGCAGGAGCUGGAACAGCAGCUGGAAGAUAGACUGAUGGAGCUGACACACACACAGCACAGGGGUCUCCAUAGAGACAGCAGUGUUGACAGCCUGUCUACCACCUCUGCACUGAGAGCCAUGGAGCCGGUGUCAGACCUCCUCAGAGAGCAGCUCUUCCUCCAAUCAGAGCUCAGCUAUGAUGGUAACGCUCCCUCCACCAACCCCUCCUCCCGAUCAUCCAGUCCAGUCCGAGGAAGAGCGGAAGGAGAAGGCGAGCAGAGACAAGGCGUGUACAAGGCAUCAAUCAACAUAACCCCCAUCCCUCCUCCUCGACCCAACACACAGACAGAGGAAGAGAAGGAGAAGAAGGAGGAGGAGGAGGAGGAAGAGGAUGGAGAGAGGAACAGAGGAGGAGAGGGAGGUGGAGAGGUACCGGAGGUGGAGGGAGCAGCAGGAGGAGUCAGAGUGGAGAACCUACAGCAGCUCAUCAGAGAGAUUCGAGAGAGCUUGGCGCAGGAGGUCCGACGGGAGAUCUACAGCGAGCUGUUGGCUGCCGUGUCGCCUCGGCAAUCGCCCCUUCCCACCAGACAACACCGCCUGUAGUCAUGCCAACAGCAGAGCACCACUUCUUUGACCUUCAGCCUUAGUAACUACAGCCUGAGCAGCACCACUGUCUGUCUGUA